UUCUCUCAGCUCCUUUAAUGCUUAGAAGUAUAUUUACUGAAUUGGAUAAAUUACAGUUUUCUCCGGGAUGUGUACGUCGAGUAAAGAACAGAUUUGAACAAACAAUAGGAAAUGCAUUGGAUGGAUUACAUUUUUCAGCAUUUUCAAUAACAGUUCCAAUACUAAUAGAAAGAACAAAUAAUUUUUGUAAUUUAAAUGUUGACCAAGAAGAAAAAACAAAAGAAUUUUUGGAAGAACAGCGUUUAAUCGAAAAAUUUAAAAUUCUUUGGAAUUUUCAAAGAGAAAAACUUUUGAAAGAAAAAACAGCAAAAAUGUCAAUAUUUUUAAAUCCAAAUAAUUGCCAUAAUUUAAUUAAAGGGGGGCCUUUUAAUUUUGAAGAAUGGAAAAAAGUGGAGACUUUAAUUAUUGAGGAAAUAUGUCAAGCUUGUUUGCCUUUAAAAAAUAAUAAUGAAGGAGGGAAUGGAAAUAAUUUGAAUGAAAAAUGUGGUGGUGAAAAUGAGGAGGGGGAAUUUAAACAAAGAAUUGAAAUUGAGGCAGAAGUAAAUAGUUAUGUGGAAGCAUCAUUAAAUGAAUUACGCAAAAAUAACGAAGUAGAUAAUCAACAACAACAACAACAACAACACCAAUCAUUAAGUGAAUUAUUAUUGUGGUGGAGAACAAAUAUAGAAAGAUUUCCACGUGUCGGGCAUUUAGCCAGACAAUUUUGUGCAAUCCCUUUGUGUGUCGAAAAUGGGGAAAUAAAUAUAUUUAAAGAAUUAAAUAAAAAUAAUAAUGAAUUUAAAAAUGCAAAUUAUGCAACAGAAUUAUUAAAUACAGAUUUGGCUGGAGAAAGAGAUGAUUAUUCUGCAGAUAUGUUAAUUGUUAGUCAAUUGUUGACUGUUAGAAUUGCUGUUAUUGAAAAGAAUAAUAAUGGGUGUGGAGGAAAAUAA